UCCCCUCAGGCCUCGCCGUCUGGUCCGGUCCCGUUCCGUCCCACCGGGCCUCUCGCCCGCCCCCGCCAUGCGCCACAGUCUCACGCAGCUGCUGGCGGCCUCCUCCGGUGGAACCAGCCCCUCGGGCGCUGUCUGGCCGCUAACCGGCGCGGGGCAGACCCCGAGAGGGCGGGAUGGCGGCGGGGAAGGGGAUCCGGGCCCCGCGCGGCCCAAACAACAACAGCCGCCGCGGCGAGAGGCGGGCGCCUUGGAGCCGCGGCGGCAGGAGAAGGAAGCGGAGGCGCCCGGUGGCCCGCUGGAGGUGUGGGAGCAAGAGGACUGGUUUCCGGGACUGGAGCUGGGAGACCUGCUGGAAGCCGCCCGGCCGGACUGGGAUUUGGACGCGGAGCUGAGCGGCUGCUUCUGUGGGGAACCGGAGCCGCUUCCCCCGCCGGGCCAGGGCCAGAGGCCGGCGGCGCCCGGGAGGAGGAACGGUGGGGCUGGGAGCCGGCUGAAGGCGGCGGCGGCGGCGCGGCUGAACCGGCUGAAGAAGAAGCAGUACGUGCUGGGGCUGGAGAGCCGCCUCCAGGGCCUGGCUGCCGAGAACCGGCAGCUGCGGGACCGCAACCGCGGCCUAAGCCGCCGCCUGCGAGAGCUGGAGCGGGAGAGCAGCUACCUGCGGGCCGUGCUGGCUAACCAGAGCGCUCUGGGACAGCUCUUGAGCCGCUUAGCCGGGAUCCGCGCCGGCGGGCUGCAGCUCAGCACCAGCCUGUUCAGGGACACGGGCAGCCCCCGCCGCCAUCACCAGCACCAGCUCCAGCCCGCCGGCGAGAGCAGCGACCACGACUACGCCUUGCCCAGCUGCCGGCCUCCCAGCCUGGAGGAGGCGGCGGCGGUGGUGGCGGAGACUGAGGAGGAGUGGGCGGCUCCCGGCGGGAUCUGCCUCCACGUGGACCGGGAUCAGGUGUCGGUGGAGUUCUGCUCCAUCUGUGCUCGGCGGGCAGCGGCCUCCUUCAAAAUUUUCUCUUUUAGGUGCUUGCCCUGCCAGGCUCCGUUGUGUAGGGGUUAAAGAACAGUCGUUUCCCACCUCGCAACCUGUGGAUUCAACUGUGUUGGGGCAGAAGAGACGGGACCAGCUGCUGGCCACAUUUCCUGCUUUAUUUUAAAAGGUAGUAUAAGAAAUGAGAAUAAAGAGGUAACAGGGAUUUUGCUGUCUUU